AGCCCGAGGAAGUCGCCGGCGCUGCUGCCGAGGAGACGCCGGCGCUGGGCAGGGGCUCAGGGACCCGGCCUGUGGGGCAGAGGAGACUUGGGAGACUCCCUGUAGGAGCGAGCGGAGCCGGGGGCGAGGGAAGGAGCAGGGACUGGCCGGACUGGGGGUUCUCCCCCCUCACUGGGACUUUGGAGGAAGAGCCCCCUUUUGAGGGACAUGUUUUUUUUUAAUUGAGAGUGAAUGGGGGGAUCCCCUUUUAUCUUGGGUAGGAACCCUUCUUCUCGGGUGAGAGUUCAGUUCUCUGAUGUUAGUUUCAAGGUCAGGAAUCCCCUUUGAUCUCAGCGUGACAGCUUCCCUCCUGAUCUUGAUGUGAGGGUUCCCCUUUACUUUGGGGAGAAGAUCCUUCAUCUCCAGGUGAUGGUUCCCCUUGUUAUAGGGGUGAGUUCUGAUCUUGGGGUGAGGCUUUACCUCCCUUUAAUUUGGGGAUGAGUUGUUGAUCGUGAUACGUGAGAAAUCUCCUCGAUUGUGUUAUUCCCCUUUUGAUUAUCGGGAUGAAGGUCCUCUUUAUCAUGGGGUGAAAGUAGUCCCCCUUUAUCUGUAGGGGAGGGUCUCCUUUAUCUUGAGAGAAGGCCCCCUAUCUCUAGGUGAGCCCCAUCUCUGGAUGAGGGUCCCCCUUUAUCUCUAGUUGAGGCUCCUAUAUCUAGGGGAGGGUUCCCCUAUCUUUAGGUGAGCCCCCCUUUCUCUCUAGGUGAGGCCCCUACAUCUAGGUGUGUCUUAUCUCUACGUGAGGUCCCCUCUAGGUGAGCCCCCCCCCCCUUUAUCUCUAGUGAGAAUCCCCUUUUAUCUCUAGGUGAGGCUCCCUAUCCAUAAGACAGGAUCCCCCUUUAGGUGAGGCCCCCUGUAAUAGUGACUGGAGCCAGUCUCCAUUUUCGGGGCACCCCAUGGCCGGGGCCGGUCUGGAAGAGUUCCGCCGGCGCUGGCGGGAGGAGCUGGCUCAGCGAGAGGGGCCGGCCAAGCGACGGCUGCCCGCGGGACCCGAGUGGGAUGAGCGGCGGCGGCGACAGCGGGGCAACGGAGAGGGGCCGGCUGGGGCGGUCCGGGAGCCCGAGCCGGUGUCGCAAUGGAGCAGCUGCGGGGCCGUGCGUGCCGCCCCCGAGAGCGCCCCUGCCCAGCCGGCCCCGGCCGCUACCGGCUACUUCGAGCUGGCCAAGAGCCUCUUGGAGGGUGGGGAGUGCCCGCUGGCCUCGCCCGCUCCCUGGGCCGCCGGGGAAUCCUCCUGCCCCGGCAGGGGACGGGACUCCGAGGUCUCCCCGGUCCCCGAAGCCCCCCAACCCGAGCACCCCGAGACCACCGGCGGUGAUCGGCUACUGGAGCAGCUCAUCAGGGACCUGAAUGAAAUCAAUGAGAUCCCCUUCUUUGACAUCCAGCUACCUUAUGAAUUGGCAUUAAAGAUAUUUCAAUAUCUAGGCAGGACUGAACUGGGAAGGUGUGCUCAGGUGAGCAGGACGUGGAAGGUUCUUGCAGAAGAUGAAGUGUUGUGGUACAGAUUGUGCCAACAGGAAGGGUACCUUCCAGAUACCAGCAUCUCUGAUUGCUCCUGCUGGAAACUUGUCUUCCAAGAAUCCCGGGCCAAGGAACACACGUUAAGAACCAACUGGAAGAAUCGCAAUGGUGCAGUGAGUCAGCUGCAGUAUGAAUUUGGUAACGUUCUAUGCGAUGUCCAUUCUUGUGACGGUGUUGUUAUUGCUGGAUAUACAUCAGGGGAUGUGCGGUUGUGGGACACCCGCACCUGGGACUUCACAGCCCCCAUCCUGGAACCAAUGCAUGGCGCUGCUGAGCCUGGAUCUCAGCCACAUGUCUCCUUUGUGAGGAUAAACAACUCUCUGGCUGUAGCAGCUUAUGAGGAUGGGACUGUUAAUGUUUGGAGUUUGAUGAUUGGUCGUGAUCCUGUCCAUUGCUACCAGCACAACCUAAGGAUACAAGCAUUGGCCCUCAGCCUAGAGGGUGCCACAAUUGCUACAGCAUCUGGCUCUGAGGUCAGAGUGGAAUGCCCCAAUGACAAGGGAUAUUGGGAAACAGCAGCUAAUUUUGAAAUACAGAAAUUGGUCAACUUUCUUCAUCUGAUUCCAGAUACUGGAAGACAUCCUGUUGCAGUUGCAGCUACUGAAGAUGUCGUAUACCUUCUGAAAGCAGAGAACCCAAGCCGAGUUCUUCACUCUGUGUAUGGCCAGCCUGUCACAUGUCUGGACGUCUCUUCCAAGGAGGCAGCUUUUGGUGUAAAAAGUUUGGGAUGGAUGAAUGAAGGAAACAAGAUACUGCUGUACAGCCUGCAGACCAGUCAGUGCCUGACUACCCUGGGCAGCUCCUUGGGUGACUUCACAUGUGUCAACCUCCGGAACAGUCCCCCCCACCUGCUGGUCACUGGCAAUAAGGACAGGAGGGUGAGGGUGUACGAUCUACGCAGCGGCACGUCCUCGUGCUCGCUCUACGCUCACCAGUUAGGCGUCUCUGCUGUUCAGAUGGAUGACUGGAAAAUUGUCAGUGGCGGCGAGGAAGGCCUGGUUUGUGUCUGGGACCAGCGGAUGGGCAACAAGCUGUGGGAGAUGCACGCCAGACAUCCUGUGCGUCACAUCUGGUUUAAUACACACAGCCUUAUCACGGCCAACAUCCCCGAUGAGAAGAGCCCCCGGGGGGCCAGCAUUCUGGACGAUGACUUGACUGCUCACCGAAGACACCGAGGAAUCAUCUAUGCUUAUGAGUUUUCCAUGGACCAGUUGGCUCUUGAGAGCAUCCUUCCGAUUUGCCGCUCGUCCUAUGAUGAAGUGGCUGGCUACAACUAUAACAUUGGCCUGGCUGUCCCAUACGAUAACAUAUAGGGCACCUCUCUCCGUUGGAAUGGAGAGGGCAGGAAGAAUGUAGAGCCAUUGCUCCUUGCUUAGAACCUGCAGAACCCCCCAGGCCCUGCCAAGCCAACUCCACCGGCAUCUCAGCAAUAAGUGCUCAGAGGACAAGGGAGGUGGCAUGGGAGGGUCUCUCUUGAGCCAGCUCGGGCCCCGGCAAUGACCUUAGAACACCAGAAUAAAAGGCUGCCGAGGUGCCGGAAGAAUUCAAGCUGAAGGUGUACAUGGGUCCACAGACAAAGAAAACCGGGCCCUCGAAAAGAGCAGUUGAUACACUGAAUUUUGGAUCUAUUCCAGAGCAUCCAUUACUUUAGCCCUCUGUGUUAUGUCUUCCAGCCUAAGCCAGCAGCUCUGGAAGGAUCAGCUCCCCAAAACUGUUUUUCUCAGAAUAAAGAAUGUUCCACUGUAAAGACCUUUUCAAAACACUAAAUCUGCUACUAAGCUA